UUUUGUUUAAAAUUAAUUCUUAUUCAAAGACGUGUAAAUUAGCAGACGACGUAACAACAAAACGCGGAAGGAACUAUAUUGUUUAUUCGUACUUCCACAGUGCUUUGCGUUUCCUUCUAUGCAGACGCAAUGGCUGACAAAAAAGCAGAACCUGCAAAGGCUAAAAAGCCUCGUAAGGAGCCAAAAGAUAAAAGCAAGAAUCCAAUGCGGGAAGUCCGUAUUCGUAAAUUAUGCCUUAAUAUUUGUGUAGGUGAGUCUGGUGACAGACUUACACGAGCAGCAAAGGUAUUGGAAUCCCUUACUGGUCAACAGCCUGUUUUUUCCAAGGCCAGAUAUACUGUCAGGUCAUUUGGCAUUCGUCGUAAUGAGAAGAUUGCUGUUCAUUGCACUGUGCGAGGUGCCAAGGCAGAAGAAAUCUUGGAACGAGGGUUGAAGGUCCGAGAAUAUGAGUUGAGGAAGGACAAUUUUUCAGACACUGGCAAUUUUGGAUUUGGUAUCCAGGAACACAUUGACUUGGGUAUUAAGUAUGAUCCCAGUGUUGGAAUCUAUGGUCUUGAUUUCUAUGUUGUACUGGGUCGACCAGGUUUCAAUGUGGCUCAUAGACGAAGGAAGACUGGGGUGGUUGGUUUCCAGCACCGUCUGACGAAGGAAGAUGCCAUGAAGUGGUUCCAGCAGAAGUAUGAUGGUGUCAUUUUGGCUGGCAAGAAGAGUUAACAUGGGUAUUGGAUGUUAAUAAUUUGUCUCAUUCAUUAUUAAUAAUAAAAUAAUGAAAGUUAAA